UCAGCCCGGGAUCGAACCCCAUCCAGGGUUUUAACGACACCCAGCCCUGCUUAGCUUUAAUAUGUCACUGACUACUACCAAUAUGCUACUGUGAGAAUUAUUAUUGAGAGAUCUCUUAAUAACAAAAUAUAUUCAGUGUUAAUUUCGAAGUCAUUCUAAGGGGUAGGUUUGACAAAGCAAAUGAGUGAGUCUUUGACAUGAAGACAGUGGUUAGAUUCUGCCAUUGGGACUGCUCUGAUGUUUCCAUUCUCUCCUGGUUAUGACCAUAGAGCCUUGUCCCAGUCUCUAGACCUGCCUGUCUGUGUGGUGGAUGACCACCUGACCUCUGAAGCUGUCAAUGAGAUGGAGCAGAGCAAUUCUACCAGGAGCAGAGCAACCUCAGUGAUGGAAACCACAGAAGAGGGGAAGCUCAACAAUGUAGAACAUCUGACACUUAUGGACUUCCUUCAAAACCUAACUGAGAAGCAAUGGAGGGGGAUUCGUGAGGGCAUGUUUGACCCGCUGACAAAACAACAGCUUGCCGGCUUGUGUCUGAGGAUUGUCCAGUUUUUAUCGGACAAGCUGAUGCAGAUCAUCAUCCCAGGUCUUUACGAACUACUGGGCAUCCAAGAUGCUGCCUCCUCUCCAUUGUCACAGAGAUCUCUCUCGGCGUCACUCACCAGUCUGUUAGACGAUAAGACUAACACCAAGUCCCGCGUGAGAUUUACUGAGGCUGGUGUACCUAAGAGGCCAGGCAGUCGAAAGUCUUACAAUAGCUUUCGCAUCCCGACUCCCUACCCUUCCUCCAACUGUGUGGAGCAGGAAGAGGAAGAAGAGCAGGAAUCACAACAACUUAAGUUCAAGGAGAUUUACCUGACUAAGGGCUGUCUGGGCAGUGGAAGCUACCUGCCCAAUGGGGCCAUGAGGACUCUAACCUCUCUGUCUGAUGUGCAGAAGAAAACAACCAACUCUGAGACACUACAAGUCCUCUUAGGUGUCUCAGAGGACACCCUUUAA